UACAGAUGGAGAAAAAUGAAAUGAUUUGAAAAUAGGUAGCUAGCAAAAAAACGACCCUAUCUACUUUCUCUCGUUAUGGAUUAUCCACAUCUCCAUCGAAGUCCCCUCUACACUUAGGCAGUAGCAUAGUUAUGGGAGAAGAGAAGACAGCGCCUUUGGAUCGAUGCAUGCUUGCUCCAACCAAAAGCCUCCAAGAAAAUCAAACAUCUCUCCACCACUCUAAUUGAUAUAUGAAUGGGAAAUGAAAAACGUCUCCUCACAAUUCAAUUUCCCAACCCAAGAAGCAAACGAAAAAGAAAGAUCAUCAUCGGGAACUUGUGAAUGGGAUUUCAAUCUCUCAACAGUUGUGUCUUCAAGCGUCGGCUCCACCGGAGGAGCCGUAUCAAAUACCAUCGGCGUGAUCGAGUUCGACCCAUCAAACGCAGUCGUAGCCACCGGCGGAAUCGCAAGAAAAAUCAGAGUUUACAGCUUCAACUCUCUGCUACCCAGUGAUCGAUUUUCCCAAGCCAAUUUGUUAGACCACGUCACUGCAUGCGCCUACACUCUGUGCACCCCAGCCAAGCUCAGCAGCCUUCGCUGGCGACCCGGAUCCGACGGCAGGGUCCUCUGCUCGGGAGACUACGACGGCGUCGUCACGGAGUACGAUCUCGAAACGCGCCUCCCCAUCUUCGAGCGCGACGAGCACGGCGGGCGCAGGGUCUGGAGCGUCGAUUACUCCCAUUCGGAUCCGGUUCUAGGGGCAUCCGGCUCCGACGACGGGACGCUCCAGAUGUGGGACCCGCGCUGCGACGGCGGGGAAUGCGUGGCUAGUGUGCAGCCCAGCGAGGCUCGUAAUCCGGUCUGCUGCGUGGAGUUCGAUCCUUUUGGUGGGGCCUUGGUGGCCGUCGGAUGUGCGGACCGGAGGGCAUACGGGUACGAUGUGCGGAAAAUGGUGGACCCGGUUUUGGUCUUCGACGGGCAUAGGAAGACCGUGACUUAUGUCCGGUUUAUCGACGGGUGUACGGUUGUGACAGCUGGCACGGACGGGUGUUUGAAGCUGUGGGACACGGAGGAUUCGCGGGAGAUUCGGACGUACAAGGGGCACACAAAUAAUCGGAGCUUUGUCGGGUUAUCGGUGUGGAGGAAUGGGGGGCUAAUCGGGUGCGGGUCAGAGGAUAAUAGGGUGUAUGUGUACGAUAAGAGGUGGGGCGAGCCCAUUUGGCUGCAUGGGUUUGGAGCGGUGGGUGAGGGUAGUAGUGGUGGGUGCGAUGAGGAGCUUGGGUUUGUGAGCAGCGUUUGCUGGAGGCAAGUUGACGAGGAGCAAUGCACACUUAUCGCUGGUGGGUCGGAUGGGGAUUUGCAGGUUUUUUUGGGCAGAAGAAAGCCAUUAAUGUUGGAUUAUUAGCAUUUUAACAGCUUUCAUCUCCCAUUAUCCUACUCCAAAUAUUCAUUUGCUGAAAAUUCAAUUAAUUGUUGCAUAUGGAGAGAAGUACUGCUACGAGAAAGUUAAUUUUAGCAGAAAUUAAUAGAAAAAA